AUGGCCUCAACAACAACACACUGGCAGGCCUACAGAUAUGAUCCUUCAUUAGCAGCAGCAGUCAUCUUCAUCGUUCUUUUUCUGGUCGUCACCUUGGUACACUCGUACCACCUGAUCCGCACGCGGACCCUAUUCUUCAUCCCUUUUGUGCUCGGAGGCUUUUUUGAAACUGUUGGAUACAUUGGUCGAGCAAUUAGCGCACAGCAAUCGCCCAACUGGAACGUCGGACCUUAUAUUAUCCAGAGCGUGCUGACGCUCGUCGCACCCGCCUUGUUUGCUGCCAGCAUCUAUAUGGAACUCGGCCGGAUAAUUCGAUUGGUCCAUGGAGAGCACCUGUCUAUUGUCCGCGUGUCUUGGAUGACCAAAUUUUUUGUGUUUGGCGAUGUAUUCUCCUUUUUGUUGCAAUCGACAGGAGGAGGAAUCCUCGGAAGCUCGCACUCGGCAAACAAUUCACUCGGCACAAACAUCAUCGUCGGCGGACUCUUCCUACAACUGAUCUUCUUCGGCUUUUUCCUCAUCGGCGCCAUCAACUUCCAGUACCGCAUCGGCAAACGGCCCACACCAGAGUCUGCGGAGGCAUACAUUCCCUGGCGCAAACACAUGAUGAGCCUGCAUGUCUCUAGUGUGCUUAUCCUGGUCCGAUCCAUCUUCCGUGUGAUUGAGUAUCUGCAGGGCCAGGACGGGUAUCUGUUGUCGACAGAAGUGUUUAUUUAUAUUUUUGAUGCGACGUUGAUGUUUUUGGUUAUGAUCACCUUUCUUUGGGUUCAUCCUAGCCAGAUUAACUGUCUGCUGGGCAAGGGAGAAUACCAUGUGACGAGGGGAGGGCUGUCUCUGACGGAGUUCAAAGUACCAGUGUGA